AUGGCGCGCGGGAUCCCGGCGUUGUUGGCCGCCGGUGGCGGAAUCCCGCCGCAUCGGGUGGGCGUUUUACACCGGGAAUUAGACCCAGAGGUGCGAAAAGAUUUCGGUAGCGUUCUGGUGAUCGGCUUUUUGAGGGCCGGGGCGGUGUGGGGCAUCGCAGGCUCGAAGCCAAUGACGGUGGAGAGGGAGGGCGAGGGCGCCGGGAAAGACGGCCAGAAGGAGACGGGCGGCUGGUCGGACCCGGAAGGACUUGUGUCGAUCCUCGAGGAAGUGAAGGAGCGUGCUGAACGGCUCUGCCAGCAAUUCAAGGAACAGAGGGAAAAGAGGCAGGGCAACCUCGACGUUACACAUCCAAGCGAUGAUGAGCUGAAAAAAUGUGAAUCCAGUGUCAAGCGCAAUGCCGCGCUUAUAAAGAAGUUGAGGGGCAUCUCAGAAGAGAGCAGGAAUUCACUCUGUGAAGAAAUUCUGAAAGUGAACCAGAGCCGGUAUGUGAGCGAGGCUGUUGUAGCCAUCGCUGAGACGCCCAUCAAGAGCAAAGACAUUCCUGCAGCAAUUCAGGUGUGUACACUCCUGCAUAACCGGUACUCAGAUUUCAGGGCCGGUAUUGUCGAUGCUCUUGUCAAGUCGCUGAACGGAGCCAACAAAUCUGCUGGAGAUGAUGAAAAGGUCAUUGGCUCGCGAAGGCGCUCAUGUGUUCGGCUUUUGGUCGAACUCCUCCUGUGUGGAGUGCACCAAAACUUGUCAGUGCUGCACUCUGUCCUGAAGGAACUGGUUGUUGCCGACUACCACUCCAACCAAGAUGGCUACCUGCUGCAUCUCCUGCUUCUGACAACCUUCAGCAAGGCUGGCAGGGACCAGCUGCUGGGCCUUCCACACAAGCCACGAAUUUCAUUGCCGAUUGGUGUCGAGGGUGAGGAAGGCGAUGGCGUUCCUGAGGCAGUACAGCCAGCUCUGCGUUGUGCAAAGGCUGCUCUUUUGGAUUUGGAGGCAGAACAAUCAAAGAGGUUUAUGGCACCAGAAGAAGACAGACGCCAAUUUCGCGAUGGACUCGAGCGUGCCUUCUCUGUUGCUAGCUCCACACUUGUGACGGAACAUGCAGAUCUGCGGCAGCAGGAGCAAGACAACAUGCACGUGCUGAACACAAGGGGAGAACUUCCAGAGGAGAUGGCGGCCCAAUAUGAGAAGAAGAGGAAGGCAUUUGAGGCGCUGCAAAGAAACAUGUCAGCAUUUGCAGAGUCAUUGGACAAAGACUUGCCCGAUCUGCCUGACGACUCGCUGACCAGGGUCACCACUGACUCACAGGCAACUGGUGGCGACUUGGGCGACGAUUCUGGACCUCCGCCUCUGUUCGAUGAUGCAGAAACCCAAGCAUUCUAUGAGACUCUUCCGGACCUGAGGGCCCUGGUCCCAGCAGUGCUGCUGGGCGUUGCAGAAGACAAGGUUAUGGCAAAAGAUGGCCGAGCCCGUGCAUCAAAUCAAGAACUGGAUGCACUGCUGUCGCGUCUGCCAACUUGCGUGACUCGCGACAGUGCGGAUGAAAUUUCCGUUAAUUUCUGCUAUCUGAACUCCAAGGCGGCUCGCAAGCGUCUUAUGCGGGCGUUGUGCGAUGUCCCCAAAGGCUCCCUGCAGCUCCUCUCUUUCUUUGCCCGCAUUGCUGCCACACUCAAACAGGUCUACCCAGACAUCGCCAAUGGCGUCUGCCAGUACCUUGAGGAAGAGUUCGCUGCCCUUCUCACCCACAAAGACCCAACAGAGAUGACUCUGGAGCCUCGCAUCCGAAACAUGCGCUACAUUGGCGAGCUGUGCAAGUUCCGCAUCAUACCCUUUGGCACUGUCUUCAUAUUCCUCAAGCAGCUGCUGGACGACUUUGUGCACCACAGCAUCGAUGCAGCCUGCGCACUCAUCGAAACGGCUGGCAGUUUCCUCAUCCGCCUGCCAGAGACGCAGAUCAGAAUGGAGAACAUGCUUGAGGUUAUGAUGAGACUAAAGAAUGCAAAGACUUUGGACAACCGCCAGAAGACGCUUGUUGACAGUGCUUAUUUUGUCUGCAAGCCUCCUCGAAGUGGUGCCCGUCGGAAGCGCAGGCCACCAAUUCAUGCAUACAUUCGACACCUCAUCUACAAUGUGCUCAUGGAGGACUCCAUUCUCUACGUGUUGAAGAAGCUGCGACGUGUGCCCUGGGCUGAAUAUGAGUACAUCAUUGUGCGCUGUCUGGUGAAGGCUGCUGGCCGCCGGUUCUCCCAUGUUUCACUGGUUGCCUCUCUGUGUGCCGGCCUUACGAAGUACCACGACACGCUGGCCAUACGCAUCGUGGAUGAGGUGCUGGAAGAAAUGCAGAACGGCCUGGAGUACCCCAGCUUUGGGCUGUACCAGAGGCGGGUGGCCCAUGUGAGGCUGCUGGGCGAGCUGUACAACUACAGGCUGCUGGACUCCCGCACACUGUUUGAGUCACUGUACUGGAUCCUCAACUUUGGGCACGACACACCGGAGGAUGCCAUGAGGCUUGAUCCGCCAGGGGACACUUUCAGGAUUCGAAUGAUCUGCACCCUGCUCGACACCUGUGGCCGAUACUUCAGUAAGGGCACUGCCAAGCGCAAGCUCGACCGCUUCCUGUCGUUCUUCCAGCGAUACAUCCUUAGCAAGCCGCCACUGUCACUGGACGUAGAGUAUGACAUUACAGACCUGCUGGAGAGGCUGCGAUCAGAUUUGAAAAGAUUUCAGACUUUUGAGGAGGCUCAGAAAGCUGUGGAAGAUAUUGAAGCACAAGAGGCUGUUACUGAGGAUGACGACAGCGCCAGCAGUAGCGCGUCGGAGGAAGGGGGCGAGAGGGAUGGUGGAGAGGACGCCAUGAACACAGCGGACGAGAAUGAUGGCGUGGGCCUGGAUGACGAUGACGUGGCGGUGGGAUUCGUGAGGAAAGCGACGCCAGAGACAGACGAGGAGUUCGAGAGGGACCUCAAGUCGCUCCUCCAGGACUACCAGGGCCGCCGCGUGGUGUCGCUGUCCAGCCCCUCUGGCCAAGCGCCCCCAGAGAGCCCCGCUGCCGACGAGGGCCCGCAGGUCAGCGUGCCUUUCAAGAUGCUGAUGAAGAAGGGCGGUCGCGACGACCGGUCGCGGGAGUUGCAAGUCCCCAUGAGCGUGUCACUGGCGGCGCACCAGGUUGUGCAAGAGGAUCUUGAAGCCUUGGAGCGGUCCAAGAUCAAGGAGCUGGUGCUGGCUGCCAAUGUGCGGGCGGAGCAGGAGCAGCUAGCGGCAGCGGGCGUGCCACCCAUUAGGCGCAUGUCGGACAGGGGCCGUGCUCCGUACACCUAUGGAGGGCGCAGAUACUCCAGCAGCAGGAAACGGCGUUGA